CUUGUGGUGAUUAGGACUAGGAUUUGGACGCCCAACAGUUCGGUCUCAGAGUCACUCUAACCACCACCAGAGCCCACAAGAACCGGAGGAGUCAUGGAGCAAGAACAGCAGCUGAUUAGCGAGGCCAAUGUCUCAGAAAACGAUACAAAAUUGCAAGAAUCCAUGACCACUCCGGAACCGGUCGUUAUGAGCUCUGAACCCGAAGAGCAACCUCAGCAGCAUGUCAUCACAACCAUAACGUCCACCAGGAAUGAAGUACCAGAGACUCCUGAGUCUGAUCACAGCGGCGCUCCCUCCUCCAAUGGUGGCAGACACCACUCCGGGUCAGGGAGAGACUCAACUUGGCUCGAGCUUGAGGUAUGCAGGGAGUUCCUUCGAGGAGACUGCAGCAGGUCUGCAGAGGAGUGUCGUUUUGCCCACCCUACAGGAUCCGUCAUUGUUAAAGAUGGUAAAGUCACUUGCUGUUUUGACAACUUGAAGGAUAGAUGUACCCGUGAUUCAUGUAAAUACUUGCAUCCCCCUACCAAUAUUAAGGAAAGUCUCAUUCAGGCUGGCAAAAAGUAUGGACAAGCAAUGUCUGUUACUCCCAAACCAACCAUAAUAUCUCCAGCACCAUUGAGUCCUACCAUACCAAUAAAUGGUGCCUACUAUAUGGAUACUUCACCUGGUGCCAAUAGUAGGAGUUUUGCUUAUCCUGAUGUACCAAUGUUUUCUUUCCCUCCUACCGGCCUUCAGUUUCCCUCCUCACGUAUUCAAGUGUGUGAAAAUUUCGACAACAAUAUCACUUGUCCUCAAGGACCCCACUGCUUCUUUGCCCACCCUGACCCAUAUGUCAGAAGAGAUCAUAGUAGCAACACUGUCACCUGUUGCUGGAACUAUCUCAGAGGUUUCUGCCGACACAGUCAGUGCUGGUUCUAUCAUCCUCCCCCUCACAUUGUGUACUAUCUCCUCUCUGGCAUGGCACAACAGUUUUAUCCAGCCGAAUCAUUUGUACUACCUGCAGCAUAUACUUCAGACAAGGCACAAUACUCCUCUCCUACCAACUCACUUGGCCAAUAUUCCUAUCCAUUAGUGACACAGUAUUCUCCAACUGCUACGCCAACAUCAAGCUUGCCCAUCCACCCAGCAGCAACUGCAGGUAUCUCAACACUGCCACAAGCAAUUGUCCAAUAGAGCAUAACGAACAUUAUUACGAUCUAGUGAAUUCCUGUAAUAAUGUAUUGUAAUAUAUAUAUAUAUACAUAGACCUCAUUUUGUAUGUCUCUGGUCCCACAUGACCACGUUACCAAAAGUAGACAUAUAUCAUUAUUAUUAUUAUUAUUAUUAUUACUAUUAUUAUUAUUAGAUUUUUGACGAGGCGCUGGUCCUCUUUUGUUACUAUUUUUUAUCUUUGAGAUUUGUUUUCAGUUCAUGUGUGAUUGUCAUUUUUUCAUGUCUAAAAUUCUAUUAUACAUUAAUUUUAUGUUUAUGUCACUAUGUUUAUAAUGUUUUGUAAAGCAAAGAGGCGUGGUUCCUCUUCAAUAUA